UCUUCAUGUCUUGCGACCUGGCGGCUCCGUGGAAGGUGAGCGUGAUCUUCCGCAAGUGAGCCUAAAGAGUCUGGGGAGGGGACGGAAUCCAAGAAAUUCUCCUUGGACGCAGAGUGUCCCGCCGGGCAGGUGAGGCGACAUAAAGCAGAGUCACUAUAAUUAUUUCUAACGUCAAUUUCAAACUACUUACCCUUGGAUAACAGUCCAAUUAUAUGAAAUUAUGGCUGGUUAUAAGCCUGCAGCUAUUCAGACAUAUCCUGUACUUGGUGAAAAAAUCACCCAAGACACACUGUACUGGAACAACUAUAAGACCCCUGUUCAAAUCAAGGAGUUCGGUGCAGUGUCAAAAGUAGAUUUUUCUCCACAGCCUCCGUAUAAUUAUGCUGUCACAGCUUCCUCAAGGAUUCACAUUUAUGGCCGGUACUCUCAAGAACCUAUAAAAACCUUUUCCCGAUUUAAAGACACGGCAUACUGUGCUACUUUUCGUCAGGAUGGUAGACUGCUUGUGGCUGGCAGUGAAGAUGGUGGAGUUCAGCUUUUCGAUAUAAGUGGGAGAGCACCCCUCAGGCAGUUUGAAGGUCAUACUAAAGCAGUUCAUACGGUCGAUUUUACAGCAGACAAAUACCAUGUGGUCUCCGGGGCUGAUGAUUAUACAGUUAAAUUGUGGGAUAUUCCAAACUCCAAAGAAAUUCUGACAUUCAAAGAACAUUCUGAUUAUGUGAGGUGUGGAUGUGCUAGCAAACUGAACCCAGAUCUGUUUGUAACAGGGUCCUAUGAUCAUACUGUGAAGAUGUUUGAUACACGAACAAACAAGAGUGUGAUCUCUGUUGAGCAUGGGCAGCCAGUGGAAGGUGUCCUGCUUUUUCCCUCUGGAGGUCUUCUGGCAUCAGCAGGAGGCCGUUACGUUAAAAUCUGGGACAUGCUGAAAGGAGGACAGUUGCUAGUGUCUUUGAAAAAUCAUCAUAAAACUGUGACGUGUUUAUAUCUGAGCAGCUCUGGACAGAGGUUACUUUCUGGGUCACUGGAUAGGAAGGUGAAAGUAUAUAGCACGACUUCCUAUAAAGUAGUCCACAGUUUUGAUUAUGCAGCUUCAAUUUUGAGUCUUGCACUUGCACAUGAAGAUGAGACAAUAGUUGUAGGAAUGACCAAUGGAAUACUGAGUGUUAAACAUCGGAAAUCUGAAGCCAAGAAGGAUUCUCUUCCAAGAAGAAGAAGGCCUGCAUAUCGAACUUUUAUUAAAGGAAAAAAUUACAUGAAGCAACGGGAUGACAUUUUGAUCAACAGGCCAUCAAAGAAACACCUAGAGUUAUAUGACAGGGAUCUGAAAAAUUUCCGGAUCUCUAAGGCACUUGAUAGAGUCCUUGAGCCCAGUUGUACAGUAAAGACACCUGAGAUUACAGUUUCCAUCAUAAAGGAGCUAAAUCGAAGAGGAGUCCUUGCAAAUGCCCUUGCAGGUCGGGAUGAAAAGGAAAUCAGUCGUGUUCUUAAUUUUUUGAUACGGAAUCUGUCUCAGCCAAGAUUUGCCCCUGUUUUGAUCAAUGCUGCUGAAAUAAUUAUUGAUAUAUAUCUUCCUGUGAUUGGUCAGUCACCUGUAGUUGAUAAAAAGUUUUUGUUACUCCAAGGACUUGUAGAAAAGGAGAUUGAUUACCAAAGAGAACUCCUAGAAACCUUGGGGAUGAUGGAUAUGCUUUUUGCUACCAUGACAAGGAAAGAAAGCACUUCGGUGUUGCAGCAUACAUCUGAUGGCUUUCUAGAGAACAAGAAGGUGGAAUCAUAGUGUCUGCUUAAUGAGACUUGUAAGAACAACUAACUUGAAAUAGAUUUGAGUCUAUUAACUAUUGGAAAGAGAAUCUCUCUGAUACAUUAAAAGCCAAAAAACUAUUCACAGAAGCAGUUUUAUGGAAGAGACUGGAAUAUCUAGAAUUGGAAAAUAAGUACCUGUUUUAAGACAUGGUUUUCCAUGUAAUAUUUUGAAUUAUUUCAUGGUAUCUUCAGCUAGAAGAUCUCAGUUGUCUUGGUCAUAGUGUCCACCUUGGACAAAGUGAUACUAAUUUUAAUACAGCAAAGUUCUUUAUCAACAUUUGGGUAGACAUUCAGAAUUCUGGAAUGGGUUUCAACUGGGAAUGCUGCCAAAGGGACAGGGCUUUAUUUUUUACUUUUCUCCUGGAGAAACAACAGCAGCAGCAGCAAAAGAAAUGGCAACAGCAAAUAAAUGUUCUCUUCACUCUGAUCACUGUGGGAUUUCCAGGCCCCUGCUGAUCUUGCCUCCCUCAUCUUGAUGUUAUCAUUUAUCCUAGGUCACGUGUUCUGCCUCUGCUGGUAAUGGGACUGCAUCUGCUCCAAAUAUGACAAAUCAGUUGCCAGCUUUGAACAGUUUAACUCUGAACUAGUUAGACAUGUAUUCAGAGAGUGUGAUGAGGCAGAUCUGAUACCUAAAAAUUGCGCUCUCCAUUCCAGAUUUUUUUUUCAUUCCUUUAGUCUUGACUGUUCUCAUCAGAACAAGGUCUACAGAUAGACCUUAUUGCACCACGUUGUUUUUCCUUCUCAAGAUGCAGUUUUUCUACCCAGUUUUCAACUUGCUUCAGGUCAGAGGAGUGAUAAAAUUUGCCAUUUUUCUCAUAAUAAAUAGCCUUUCAACCUUGUAUACAGAUGUUUGGAGCUUAUCUUAUAGCUCCCUACCCUUCUGAAAACCAUUUUCUGUAAUCUGUACUUAGAUUUUGUUUCUCUAAUCUCCACAAUCAUCUUGUGUUUUAGAACUGGAAGCUAGAGUAGCUUGUUUUGGAAAAUAGUUUUGGUUUUAUUUUUUUAAAGGACAAUGUAAGUCACAUUUUUUAUAAAGAUAUUCUUAUUUUCUUCUUGGCUUUCUGAGAUAUAUGAAUUCCUGAUGGAUAAUCACUGGCUAGUGUUAGGUCACUGAUUUCACAUUUGCUACCUCUCCCACCUUCUCCCAAUUCCUACUCCACCUCAAGUAGUUGAUUUUCUGUAAGCAAACAUUCCUUGUGUUAGAAGAACCCUUAGUUAAAGGAAGAUUCUGUAAUGAGAAUCUCCUCUUAAAAUUUAGUUCUGUGAAUUCAGAUUUUUCUUAAGGCAGAAAAAAAUAUUUCUGUGGUCUGGAAAGGGCAUGUGCUCAAAAAUAGGGCCUAGUUUCCCUUUCGUGAAUUGAUUUAUGCAAUCCUAACAGCACAGUGGCUUAUAAGGAACCAGGAGUUUGCUUCCCUGAGUAAUUAUGACAUUAGACAAGGUCAGAAACUGUCUUCAUGUUGGAAGUGUUAAUUUAUUUAAAUAAAUUUUGUAUUUAAAAACUUUUAAAAAUAUUUAA